AUGGAUAAUUUAUUACUAUUAUCUAAAUUAAAUAGUAUAAAAGAUAAAGAUAAAUCCCAUUUAAAGAUCAUAUGGGACAAUACCGUAACAGUUGCCCCAGAUGUUCAAAAUCCAGAGACCAAACGCCGUGCUGGCCGACCAACAAAAACACCAUCUAUAUCUACUGUACCGAUCAAAGCUACCGAUGAUAACAAGAUUGAACUAACAUUAACCGAUAAACAAUUGAACAUAUUUAUCAAUGAUAUCAAGUCUAAAGUAACAGUCAAUGAAACAUUACCAAAUACAACACCUACUACAACAACAUCACCCGCUAAAGUCACACCUCAAAUAGAUUUAUCACCAGUGUCAUUUAAUCCAUUUUAUAGAUAUAGUAAAGAUCCACAACCAAUAGAGCUUAAUGUAGAUAUACUCAAGAAGCAAUUAAUGGAUUUCCACAAUUAUCAGUAUGUAACUGAAGAAGAAGAGAGACUAGGCAAAUAUUCUAAUCCUGCAAUUUUCUGGUCGCAAAAUAAUCACCUAUUUCCAUAUGUUGCUCAACUUGCUCGCAAAUAUAUGUGUGUUCCUGCUUCUUCUGUGCCUUCUGAAUCUGUAUUCUCUAAAGCUAAUUAUAUAUUUUCCGAAAGAAGACAAUCAAUGCUAAGUAGUACAUUAAGAGAUUGUGUCUUAUUGUAUUGCAACAAAUCUUUAUUUACAAAUGCCAACAACAAUAAUAACAACAAAUAA